CCGCCUCAUUGGCUGGCCAUGCGGUUGCUUAGUGGGCGGGGCGGAGAGAGAGCCAGGGCUUCCUCACGGCGCGGCGGAACUGGUGUCGCUUCACUGGGGGAAGAAUCCUGAGCCGAGAUGGAGUUGCCCAGGCGGGUCACACCACGGUGGCUGCUGCUCUUGUGGGCCGCGGCGGUGUUGUUAGAGAGUGUCAGCCCUGCUGCCACUGAUGAAGAAGGAACUCAAGAGGAACCCUUUGAAUCAAAGACAACCUUGCCUUCUGAGGAACAGGUGAAAGACCAUUCAACGGGAACCCAGGUGGUAGCAGGUCAGAUCUUCAUUGACUCUGAUGAACCAGAAACUCAUAUUGAAGAUGGAGAGAGUUUUAGGAGCCAAGAGGAGGAGAAGGAAAGAACUACGGAGGGGUUAAAUUCUCUAGAACUAUCAAGCCUAUUAAAUAAGGACUUGGAAGAAAUAGAAACACAAAAAGCAGUUUUGACGGCCAUUGGAGGAACAGCAGAUGGCGAGCCAUGCCACUUCCCCUUUCUUUUUCUGGAGAAGGAAUACUCGGAAUGUACUGCAGAUGGGAGGGAGGACGGCAGACUCUGGUGUGCAACAACCUAUGACUACAAGGCCGAUCACAAGUGGGGCUUCUGCGAAACUGAAGAACAGUCUAACAGAAGAAGACGAAUGCAAGAGGCAGAGGAUGUUUACCAGACUGGGAUGAAAAUCCUUAAUGAAAGCAGUAAAAAGGCCCAGAAGAAAGAAGCCUACCAGUAUCUUCUGAGAGCAGCUGACAUGAAUCAUACUAAAGCAAUGGAAAAAGUGUCUUAUGCUAUGUUGUUUGGGGACUACCUGAAGCAAAACAUUCGGUCAGCUAAAGAACUGUUUGAGAAACUGACUGAGGAAGGAUCUCCUAAGGGGCAAACAACUCUUGGAUUUCUCUAUGCCUCUGGCCUUGGCGUUGAUUCUAGCCAGGCAAAGGCACUAGUUUAUUAUACUUUUGGAGCGCUUGGAGGAAAUUUGAUAGCACAUAUGAUUUUGGGCUACCGGUACUGGGCUGGGAUAGGAGUUCUUCAGAGUUGUGAAUCUGCUCUCACACAUUACCGUCUAGUAGCCAAUCAUGUCGCUAGUGACAUCUCUCUGACAGGAGGCACGGUGGUGCAGAGAAUUCGUCUGCCAGAUGAAGUAGAAAAUCCAGGAAUGGCAAGUGGGAUGCUAGAGGAAGAUUUAAUACAAUAUUACCAAUUUCUAGCUGAAAAGGGAGACGUUCAAGCACAGGUUGGUCUUGGCCAGUUGCAUCUGCAUGGAGGAAGAGGAGUAGAACAAAACCAUCAGCGAGCUUUUGAAUACUUCAAUCAAGCAGCUACAGCUGGUAACUCUCAUGCUAUGGCAUUUUUGGGGAAGAUGUAUUCAGAAGGAAGUGAUAUCGUACCUCAAAGCAAUGAGACAGCACUUCAGUACUUCAAGAAAGCUGCUGAUAUGGGUAAUCCAGUAGGGCAGAGCGGUUUAGGAAUGGCAUAUCUGUAUGGAAGAGGUGUUCCAGUGAAUCAUGAGCUGGCACUGAAAUAUUUCCAGAAGGCAGCAGAACAGGGAUGGGUGGAUGGACAGCUUCAGCUGGGCUCCAUGUAUUACAAUGGCAUUGGAGUCCAGAGAGACUAUAAGCAAGCCUAUAAGUAUUUUAAUCUGGCUUCUCAGGGAGGCCACAUUCUGGCCUUCUAUAACCUGGCACAAAUGCAUGCCACUGGCACUGGAGUAAUGCGCUCAUGUCAUACUGCUGUUGAGCUAUUUAAGAACGUAUGUGAGCGGGGCCGUUGGUCUGAGAGGCUUAUGACUGCCUACAACAGUUAUAAAGAUGGUGAUACAAAUUCUGCUGUUGUUCAGUAUCUCCUGUUGGCAGAACAAGGCUAUGAGGUUGCACAAAGCAAUGCUGCCUUCAUCCUUGAUCAAAAAGAGGCUAGCAUAAUAGAAGAGAAUGAGACUUAUCCAAGAGCCUUACUACACUGGAAUAGAGCAGCCUCUCAAGGUUACACUGUUGCUAGGCUGAAACUUGGUGAUUACCAUUUCUAUGGCUUCGGAACAGAAGUUGAUUAUGAAACUGCAUUUAUUCACUAUCGCCUGGCAACGGAGCAGCAGCACAGUGCCCAAGCUAUGUUCAACCUGGGGUAUAUGCAUGAGAAAGGACUUGGCAUCAAGCAGGAUAUUCACCUUGCAAAACGCUUCUAUGACAUGGCAGCUGAUGCCAGUCCAGAUGCUCAAGUUCCAGUCUUCCUUGCACUCUGCAAACUAGGAAUCGUUUAUGCCUUCCAGUAUAUACAAGAAACCAAUAUCAAAGAGGUGUUCUCGCAUCUUGAUAUGGACCAGCUCUUGGGACCUGAGUGGGACCUUUACCUCAUGACUAUAAUUGCUUUACUUUUGGGCACAGUCAUUGCUUACAGGCAGAGGCAACAUCAGGCAAUUCCCAGGCCUGCAGGGCCACGGCCAGCUGUGCCUCCCCAAGAGCCUCCCCCAGACCACCAGCCACCACAAUAGCAGAAGCACGAGACUCACUGAAGUGAACUGGAUUUUCCAGCUGGGACUGUUCUGUGUGGAUUUUAUGAUAACAGAUGAAUGGCCACAUCUGCAAGAGAGAUGCAAAGGAGCAUUGCAUUCUGAAAGACGCUUAGAACUAUGCCUUUUGUCAGGGAUAUGUAUCUUUCUUCAAGACUGAGUUGAAUGUUAUUUCAGUGCCAAUGGAAUAACACCAUAGCUUUUUGUGAAACACAAGUGUGCUACUUCAGAAGUGAUGCCUGCUGUAUCCAGAUUAUUCAGUGCCCUUUUUCAAUCAUCUCUCAAUAUUCAGAUGAUGCUUGUGGUGGACGCUGGCCUACACAAAAAGGAAAAUAUGGUUUAUGAGACUUUAUGAAAGAAAAUCAGACCUUCGAUUUUCUCCUAAGCAAAAGGCAGCGUGAGUGUGUUUGGGAUUGUGAUUUAUUGGUUAGGUCUUCUCCCAGUUGUUUCUGAAGCCAUCUUAAUCCCUUAAUAGUAUUUUCCAUCCUUGAGUGUUUGGAUGCUUUAAUUUGCAUAUAUCAGUCCAUCAGAAACAGAUAAAAGACUAUCAGUAAAUAUGAUGAAUAGACUAAUUCUCAGUUAUUUCUGCUUUACUUAUCCCUCCCCGCUUUGGCAAACUCUUUCUAGUAGAGGCGGUUAGAAGUAGGACUGCACUUAUAAAAUGAAAAAUAAUUUAACAAAUCCCUCCACAUUGUGUGCAGAAUUCUAAUUUGUUUGAAUGAUGUUCACCCAAGAGUCUGUCCGUAAUGCAUAAGGAUUUCACCCCACCCAAGCUCACUUGGCCUUUCUUUUUCUCCCUCACAAAUAUGCCAAGAUUAGCCAAAUAGUGGACUGGAAAAAAGCCAGUGUUAGUUAAACUCGGAAGGUUUCUUUAUGGCAGUUUCUCUUUUUUUCCAAUUGCUGUUUCAUAUGGGAAAUGCUGGUUUGCUUUUCAGUCUGUCAUGAUACAGGUCUAAUGAGCUAGAUUUGUCUUAAUUUGAUAGUUUAAACUCUAUUCAGGCAUUCAUUUCUGGAUGCAUGAAAGGGCCUACAAGAAUAUAAGGGGCUAGCUCUGCCCUUUGACAACACAGGUGCUUGCAACAUUCCACAACCAAUGUGUGAUCAGCUCUUGAGUGCACAAAAGGUUUCCACAAUGGAGACAGGAAUCCUAGCCAAUUGGGAUUCUUGCCCAUAUGUUGGAAAUCCUAUGUAUGUGGAAGGUGGCCCCCUUCAGACUGAGCUGGUCAUGCAUUCACUGGGGGGACAUUGCUGGCAUGCAUUGUGUCAAAAGGACAUUCCCACAGGUUUCAAAUGCCUGAACAGGAUGAUGGCAGUAAGUGACUGCAAUUAUGGGUUAUUAAUGUAACUGCAAUCUAUAUAUCUUUAAAAAAAUUAACUUCCAUUUUUAUUGCACUAGGUAUUGGAGGUGGAAAACUAUUAGCAUAUACUAGACUACUCUAAAUGUAUUGGGUAAUAACAUCCUCACAAUGUAUACCAGGCUGGCUACAGCACACAUGAUUUUUAAGCUGCUUGGAGAGUAGGAAUAUAUGGCAGGGAUAAGGGAGGGAAUUUCUAAAGCUUCAUGUCACAAACAGUACGUAAAGACUGCGUUGUAGAAGAAAAUCUAAUCUGUUCCCUUUGGCAUUGUAACAUGUUCCAUGCUGUCAGACUUCUGUGGAUACUUGCCUUUAAUAGAUUUCCCUUUUUAGGCAAGUCACUACACAAAGCAAAGAUACAAGGGCAAUCUUCUGGCGCAACACCUGGACAGAAAUGUGUUCCUUUUUAACUAUUUCAGUAGCAUAUAUAGAUGUCUGUUUCUAGAGCAUCAUUAUAUUAGCUGUUGGUACUGUUGAAAGCAGUGUGGUAUUUAGAGUCUAGACCACAUAAGAUGCAUGCCUCUCAAAAACAUCUUAUCUUACGGAGAUGCCAGCUGCUCUUGUUAGUAGGCAAGCAUUUGGUUCAUAGCUGGAGUAGCAAAGGGCUCCAUUAAAAGAGAGAAAGUACUGUAUGCGUCUGAAAUGUUAGGAUAUUGUUGAAUAAGAUUUUCUUACUACUAACUUGUCCUGGAAUUUGUAGGAAGAACUUCUAGGAACAGGGCGUUUUGUGGCUUGACAGUAUUAUGAAGAUGGACAAGUUUAUAGGAAGUCUUAGAGCUUUUCUUCAAAAUGUAUACAUUGGGUAGGUGAGAUGAAAAAGGUAUCCAAAACCUUGACAAAAAGGAAAUCGCAUAAUUGAAGUCCUAUCUAUAGGCUACAGUUCAAAGGAGCAGCGGGUAGGAAGGGGAGGGAUUUCUUUGACAAUUCAGUAGUUUUCACAGUCUUGGAGGUAUAAGCUACUGCUUUAGCAAGCUGCUUGUCUCUUCAACAGUGGGAGCUGUAAUGACUCCAACUGCAAGUGAUGGUCUCCCAAUGCAGGUAUGUGGUAAUCACUAUAGAGUGAAAUCCAGAAAAGUACACCUACUUUCAAAUGACAUCUAAACUGUGACACAAUUCAUUUCUUAUGUUAAAAUCAAAGCUUCACCUUCUCUGGAAAGACACCUAGUAACUGCAUAGUUCUUCAAACAAAUUGAUACAUUUCUAAAGUCUUCUCCUUCUGCUAUUCCAUUUAAUUGCUACUAUGGAGCUUUUUAAAGAACUGCUAUUUGUACUACUUAAAAUUUGUUUUGAUUCACUAGAAGAGUAUUAUGGUUGAAUUUCUUUUUAAUUUUCACCAGAUGUAGCAACCAUAGCUCCCAUCACCACAUAUGUACUAAACUAAAACACUUGGGAAUUAGCAAACCACCUGAUUCCUGCUUUUGAAUGAUUUUCCUCUUUUAAAAUGCAAGAUAAGCAAUAAGUGUGUUUCCUCCUGGGUUUUGCCAUUGCUGAAGCUGUUUAAAUAGUAUGCAUUUAGAUUUUACGUAGCUUACACCAGGUUACAUGAGGAAACCAUCAAGCUAACUCAGGGAUUUAAGAAAAGAGUAGUUCUAGAUUAUCCACAUAGAAUAUAUAGUAUCUUUGACUAUAUUCUUCUGUUUUGAACAAACCUUUUGAAAUUUGUUUUAAAUUAAGGCUAGCAUCAAUAUAGAAUUGCUUGUGCUCAGUUGGUGCUAGAAAAACAGGCCUUGGCUUUCAAACUUGGUUAUGGACGUGAUUUCAGAGAACAUCCACUUGCUGUUUAGGGAGCUGCUUCUUGUUAGAGGGGCAAAUGGAUUUAAAUAUCUAAUAAAAUGGACUUCUUGACAUGGAUCAGAUUGUUCAGUUAUGAUUCUAAUGGGAAAGCAUCCCCUAAGUGGAGACUUGAAAAAGAAAAAGAAAGAAAAGCUGGAUUCUUUUAUCCAAGAUGGGAUUAGAACACAAAGGGCUUGUUUUAAAGAUCUGCUGAAACUGUCUUUCUAAUCCAUCUCUUUUCUGAAAGUUGUCACUGUACCAGUUGUUGUGAAUGUGAACAGCAGCAUGUUUCAGAAAAUAUAAUUAUAUAUUGUUUGACUUGUGCAUACUUGAAUGUGAGUAGUGCUAUCCAUAUGUACAAGAAAUUUCUCCUGAGACUUGCACAUUAACAGUGUUGGAGUGAAGAGUUUACUCGAGUCUUAAAUUACUAAACCACAGAUAAACAGGAUAUUUGAAAUAGCAGUGGAAGGUCCACCACAAAUCUGUGUUGGGAUGUUGCAGUUCUGCCUUUCUCUUCAUAGUAGCUAUCACAGAUGCAUCUUAAUCUGUUAUCCGUAAUGUGGUUGUAUGUGUGAAAUUACUUCACUCUGUGACUGACAUCCUUGGGGAAAUAAAGUGGGGGAAGCUUGCCUUUAAGGAGAAUGCUGCUAUUUUAGCUAUUUAAUGAGGAAUUAGAGAAUUGAAGGAACAUUGGGGAGGGUUCCCCAUGUUUUAACAAACCAAACAAAUGUACAGCAGCACCCUAUCCAUCUCAAAAUAGCCAUCAUUGUUGGACCCAGUUUGGUUUUUCUAUGACCCCGUGUAUUAAACAAGUCGUCUGAAACCAUUGAAACAAGUUGUGAUGGAUGUAUGAUUUACACAUGGUGCUGGGUGUGGUAUAAAAACAGCACUUGCGUGGGGUUUCAUGCAGUUGGUGUCAUGUAUAGAUCAAAUCAGUGUGCUUGCACAUGCAAACUAGCACACCAGUGUCAUGUACCCCAGGCCACCAAUGAUUGGUGCAACUGACUGUGUCCACUGAAUUGAGUGGAGCUUAAGUGUGCACAGGAUUGCAAUUUGUCUGGGCAUGCACCCUAUUGAACAGAGUGUGACUUAAUUCCAAGUAAAUAUGCAUAGAAUCAUAGCUGACUUAAACUGUAUUGGGGCCUGUUUAUUUGCUGUUCCUAAAACCCACAUGCCCAGGUUAAAAGAAGGUAGCUUACAUAACCAAUUCUUUAAUAUUUUAAGCAGAGCUCUAUAAACAAUAUUUUCCCAAGGUUUGGUAUGAUUUGAGAACUGCAACUGAAUACAUACAGUUAGAGAUGGCUAGCGAGAAGAGGCCUUUUGUCUCAUGUUGGCCUAAAUCAUUAAGUGAAUAAGGGGUUUUGUAAAUUUUCUUUUGUAUUUAAGAUGAUGUAGUAUAAAGGCUGGAAAAGUGUAAUAUAACUGUAAACAAAUCCUGUUAAUAGAAAGAUGUACAGAUUCAUUUUGUACUAUAACUUGUUGAAUAAAGAUGCCACUUUUGUGAUUGGCCUGUAAUGAUGUAAGAA